CUGUCUGAGGCAGGCUGUCUCUCCGAGAGCACAGUGAUCAGAUCACAUGCUCUCUCGGUGGAGCCUGGUAUUGCCGAUUUAUUGGGUGGAGAUCUAUUGGCUUCUCGGCGUCAUCACAACGCCCUCCCUCCCCCGCCCCAACGCCGCUUCGACUUCAUCUGUGAGGCGAAUGACGGUCAUAUCAGCGUUUUCAUCCUCCUUUCACGGAGCCAUCGAGAGAUCCGCGCAACGCCCCGACCACCGGCGCAUCCCACCGCCCCUCUAUUCAUCGGCCCACCCCACAGCUCCGCCAACUCCUCCCAAACGUCGGGCCGGCAAGAAGCGUGUGGAUGAGUGGCUGGUCCAGGCCGGGCUGGCCGAGACCCGUUCCAAAGCCCAGGGGCUGGUGAUGCUUGACCGUGUUUUUAUCAACGACACGCGAGUGGGCAAGGCCGGGGAGCUCUUGCGAGAGGAGGACGUUCGAUGGCUGCGUGUGGCUGGCGGCCCCAAGUAUGUGAGUCGGGGAGGGGAGAAGCUCGAGGGGUUUAUGGACGCGUGGGGGAUCUCAAGGUUGGACGGCAAGCGGGUGCUCGAUGUGGGCGCGUCCACGGGUGGCUUCUCUGACUGUUGCCUGCAGCGGUAGGUAUCAAGGCAUACAUAGGGGGGCGGUCUAGGAUGAAGCUGUGUAUCAUACGACGAGCUGGUCUGUCUGUCUGUCUGUCUUUCUGCAAGUGCAGGGGUGCGGCUCAUGUGACUUGUGUUGACGUGGGACGGGCGCAGCUCGACCCCAAGAUCACCAGCGACCCACGUGUCGUGAACUUGGAACGAAUGAACGCCAAGUAAGUAAAAGUAAGAGAGUCCGCCACCCCGUCCGUGACCGCUGGCGCAUGAGUGUUGUUUGUAUGUCCUGCCUGCAGGUACCUUAACUCUAGCAUGUUGCCCCAUGACGAUUACGAUGUCAUCGUGAUGGACCUGUCAUUCAUUUCUCUCACCAAAGGCACGCAGGCAGCCACCCGCACAACGCAGCUAGUCUCUGUCACACAUAUAUGUUUCUAUUUAGAUAUAUAUAUUGUGUCUACGUAUUGGUGCAGUUUUGCCCGCCGUAUGGCCUCUGCUCAAGACGGCUGUCGAUAAUAAUGUUGAUCCACCAUUAUCGGGGCUGUUGAUAGCGCUGAUCAAGCCCCAGUUCGAGUGCAGGAAGGAGGAGGCGCGACGGUAUAGAGGAAUCAUUCGUGACGGGGCCAUCCAUCGCCGCGUUUGUGAAGAAAUCACGUCUUUCUGUGCGAGGGAACUGAGUGGCAGUGAGUUGAUGGGAUUGGUCGAGUCCCCUAUAAAGGGUGGCGAGGGCAACAGGGAGUACUUGCUGGGACUGAGACGAAAUCCUGAUUGAUCUACAUCGAUGCAAAC